AUGGCUGAUACUGGCAAUGGCCCCAAGCCCAGCAGCAGCGUCAAGCUGGUGCUUCUCGGCGAGGCUGCCGUGGGAAAGUCCUCCUUGGUCCUGCGCUUCGUCAACAACGACUUCCAGGAAAAUAAAGAGCCCACUAUCGGUGCGGCAUUCCUUACCCAGAAAUGCAAUCUUCCCACGCGGACAAUUAAGUUUGAGAUUUGGGAUACCGCCGGCCAGGAGCGAUUUGCCUCCCUCGCCCCCAUGUACUACCGAAAUGCUCAGGCUGCUCUGGUUGUCUACGACAUUACAAAACCAACAUCUCUCAUCAAGGCCAAGCAUUGGGUCGCCGAGCUGCAACGACAGGCUUCUCCCGGCAUCGUGAUUGCGCUUGUCGGCAACAAGCUAGAUCUCGCCAGCGAAUCUGCGAGCGGCGAUAGCGGCGACGACGGCGACGACUCAGGUGACGCUCGCAAGGUACCCACAGAAGAAGCCAAGGCUUAUGCGGAAGAGGAGAGUCUACUGUUCUUCGAGACCAGUGCCAAGACCGGUGUGAAUGUGUCGGAGGUGUUCACAGCCAUUGCCAACGCAAUCCCGGAGACCUCCCUAAAGAGCGCCCGCGGCGCCGGCACCACCAACACGGCCAGCCGCACCGGAGAAGAGCAGAGAGUUAACCUUGGAAACCCACAAGCGGCCGGAUCGAAGGAUGGAUGUGCUUGUUAA